AUGUCGCUUAACCGUGAGUCCUUUAACAUCAAAGCUUACUACCGCAGAACCGUAGAGAAAAACUUCCCUCCUCCAAGCUCCGAGUCGUCGUUAACAAUAAAAAAACUUAUAAGGGGCUUCUCAGUCGUGGCACCAGAAGUAGCAGUGCCAGGGAAAACAACAGCCAUCCUCGUCACUCUUCAUGGAAGAGCUGGAGACGAGACCUUGGAUCCUCUCAAUGUCACUGUUAGGCUUGAAACUCAAGAUGCCAAUAAUGAAGUGAAGCAACUGAUUGCUGCCAGUCAGAUGAUUAUGGCUGUUGAACUGCUGUUAAUAGCGGACACAUUCGGUCUUGUUUUGAAUACUGAAAAGUAUAGUAAACCGCACUCGUAA